CUUCAUAAUCAUAAGACUCGUUUGGUUGAAGCAAUUGAUGGGAGAGAGAGAGUACAUACAAUAAUACACCAACUAAUUACACGCGCGUCGCCGAAGUAUACGAUGUCGUCUUCCUCCUCAUUCCUCAAGCUGUGUAACAACUAGAAAUCAAAAUUAAAAUUAAAAUCAAAAGAGGGGCUGAAAUUAGGGUUCAAUUCUCAAACCCUAACCCAAAUUUGUCUCUCCAAUUAUUCUACUUCUCCAAUCAAACCAUCAAUGUCGAUGUCAGAGACGCAGUCAAAGGAGAGAGGAAACGGUCACAUCUCCGAUCACAACAACAUUCAUGGACGUUGUGGAGUGUGCAUAAACGAAACCCUAAGAGACGACGAACUAAGAUCAAUUCUUUCGAAAUUAGAUAAUUACAAAGACAAAGAAGUGUUCGGAUUAGUGUGUAAAAGAUGGCUCCAUCUUCAAAGCACUGAAAGAAAGAAGCUAAGUGCGCGUGCUGGGCCCCACAUGCUUCGUCGUUUGGCUUCACGCUUUUGUCGACUCCAUGAACUUAACCUUUCUCAGUCUCUCUCUAGAUCUUUUUACCCUGGUGUUAUUGAUUCUGACCUUUCUGUUGUUUCCAAUGGCUUUCCUUCUUUGCGCAUCCUUAAUUUGUCCAACUGUAAAGGUAUUACAGAUGCUGGACUAUUGGCAAUAGGAAGUAGUCUUCUUUCUUUGCAGUCUUUGGAUGUAUCGUAUUGCAGAAAAGUGACAGACAAGGGAUUGUCUGGAGUGGCUGAGGGCUGUAAUGACCUAAGAUGCUUGCACCUUGCUGGCUGCAGAUUUAUUACCAAUAGUGCACUGGAAGCUUUGUCCAAACAUUGUCGUAAUCUGGAAGAGUUAGUCCUGCAUGGGUGCACGAACAUAACUGACUCUGGGCUUACUAGUCUUGUUAGUGGAUGUAGACAACUCAAGUAUUUAGAUCUGAACAAGUGCACUCAUGUAGGAGAUGCUGGCAUUUGUAGCAUAUCGGAAGCCUGUUCUGCUUCUCUCAAGACUCUUAAGUUAAUGGAUUGCUUCAAAGUUGGAGAUGAUGCUAUCUCAUCAUUGGCUAUGUUUUGCCAGAGUCUCGAGACUCUAAUUAUUGGUGGUUGCCGUGACAUAACUGACGAGCCUAUCAAAUCAUUAGCGCUCUCUUGUAAUUGCAGCCUGAAGAAUCUCCGGAUGGAUUGGUGCUUAAGCAUCACUGAUUCUUCAUUGGAUUACAUUUUCUCCCAUUGCAAAAAUCUAGAAGCCCUUGAUGUUGGGUGUUGUGAAGAGGUGACAGAUGCUGCUUUUAUCGGAUUAGGCAGAGGAGAACAUUAUGCAGCAAAUUUGAAGGUCUUGAAGGUCAGUAACUGCCCGAAGAUCACUGUGGCUGGAAUAGCCAUGGUCUUAGAUUCUUGCAAACUUCUUGAAUACGUUGAUGUCCGUUCGUGCCCACAUAUUACAAAGGCUGGUCUUGAUGAGGCUGGACUUCAGUUCCCUGAAACCUGUAAAGUAAAUUUUAAUGGAAGCUUAACAGAGCCGGAUGUGUUGCUUUGAUGUCAAUAGUAUGUCAAGGUUGGGUGUUUCUGCAAUGUUGAUUAAGAGGUCAGGUUUAUGCUGUCCUUUUCCCUUCUCAUGAUAUUGAAUGUUGGUUGUGCAACUAUAUUGUUCUACUUCCUCCGUUUCAUAAUAUUCACUACAUUUUCCACUAUGGGGAGUUUCACAUUACUUGCUACACUUCUUUUUUUGGGCAAUAAACGCAAUAUCUCUCUCCUCUCACAUGGGUCCCUUUUCUUUUUCUUCUCUACAUCUCUCUUCUCCAAAAAUUGCCUAGGAGUCCGUAAAUUGAGAAGUGUAGCGAGUAAUAUGAAACGGAGGAAGUAUAUUGUUUUUCUCGCUGUUGCCAUAGAAUUCUGUAUAGUUUGGUUUGGGAUUCUGUAUAUUAGUAUCUUCGUAGCAUUGUUUCUUGGACAUGAUGGCACUAAAAAUCAUGAUGUAAAUUAGGUUUGAUUUGUAUAGAGUUGCAAUAAGACUGCGCUGAGUCUCUCCGCCA